AUGGCUUCCACUGCGACAAACAAGAUCACCUUGACCAGCUCCGAUGGGGUUGAAGUCACUAUCGAACGCCAGGUAGCUGAGCGCUCCAUCCUGAUCAAGAACAUGCUCGAGGAUCUCGGCGACUCCGGCGAACCCAUUCCCAUCCCCAACGUCAACGAGUCUGUUCUCAAGAAAGUCAUCGAGUGGUGUGAGCACCACAAGGGCGACCCCCCAAGCACCGGCGACGACGACGUCGACUCCCGCCGCAAGACCACCGACAUCGACGAGUGGGACCAGAAGUUCAUGCAGGUCGACCAGGAGAUGCUCUUCGAAAUCAUUCUCGCUGCCAAUUACCUCGACAUCAAGGCCUUGCUCGACGUUGGAUGCAAGACCGUCGCAAACAUGAUCAAGGGCAAGUCCCCCGAGGAGAUCCGCAAGACCUUCAACAUCCAGAACGACUUCACUCCAGAAGAAGAGGACCAGAUCCGCCGUGAGAACGAGUGGGCUGAAGACCGCUAA